UCUUCCCUUGCCUCUCCACAAAUAUUCACUCACUCACUCCCUCCCUUCUUUCUCUUUCAUUUCUUUCAAACUGAUCAUAUAGCGUAGUGUCUCUCUGUUUCUUCAAUGGCGGACACUACUAACUCAGCCUCUACUACUAUUAAAAUAAUGGGUUGUUCGAUCCCCGAAAGGCUCCAGCUGCACAUGUCCAUGUUGGCCUUGCAGUUUGGGUAUGCCGGUUUCCAUGUAGUCUCCAGAGCUGCCCUUAACAUGGGCAUCAGCAAGAUUGUCUAUCCCGUCUACCGCAACGUUCUCGCUCUUCUUCUCCUCUUGCCUUUUGCUUAUUUUCUUGAAAAGAAGGAGAGACCACCACUCACUCUUUCUUUACUUGUCCAGUUUUUCCUCCUUGCAGUUAUUGGGUAUGAUCAAUGAAUUUCUCAUGUACAUAUACUUAGCUAUAUAUAUAUACAUAUUAUCAGUGAUUCUCUGUUCACCAAAUUCACCUCUCGUGUCC